CACUUCAUUUUGAUUUCUGCCUUUUUAUCACUUGAUUUGUCUUCUGAUCCAAGGCAUGGGGCUCCUCAAGUAUACAGUCUGGCAUCUCAGCUUUCUCCAAAAAAACUAAGGAAGAAAGAAGCAGCAUAUGGUAAUCAUGCAGGCUUCAGUUAAGCCAUAUGGGCAAUGAGAUGGGCAAUUCGAAUGUUACAGCUCUUCAAGAGCAAGAUAACAACGAUGUCCAUGCUACAGAGGAGAAUUCAGAAGCCAUUAGGCCUUCAGGCCAUGCAGGAGCAAUUAAUGAAGAGGCUGUUAAUAACGAGGCAGUGAUAGAUCAGCCAGUUGCAGGCUCGCAUGCUGAAGAUGGUGAAGAGAACCAAAAGAGCCAUGAACAUGCAGUCCCCUCAAGUAUGGGGGAUCAGACCCAAGAAGAGACAACUAAUGGAAAUGAAACUAUGGAAGAACGUAAAGAACCAACAUUGAAUACUCCCAUCGCAUCCCAAGAUUCAGUUGAUCAAAGGAGAAAACCUGGGGUAAUGGCCAUCUCAGCAGAGUAUUCUACCAUAGAUGAAAGUAGAAACAAAGUGCAAGGAAACACAGAGUGUGAAAAUGGGGUUGCGCAAGUUGAUCAAUCUACCGAUUUAGACAUCAAAGUUGAUGACUUUGAAGACGAAACCCAACAAGCACUUGAGAUGAAAUUUGGUUCAGGUUCUUUAGAAAAUGUGAAUGAAUCACAGGGAGAGGAAGCAGUCCCAAAUAGAAGCAGUAUAAAUGAAGAAAAAACAGAAUUAUUGGGGAAGGAAACACAAUCUGUUCUUCCAGAUCCCCCAACCCAAGAUCAUAAUGAACCAUCUAUGAAGCCCGAGAGAGAACACGAGAGUGGUCGAGAGGAAAUUAAAGAGUCUGAGAACCAUUCAGUUAAACUGCAGGAUGCUUCUGAUUACCUGGGAUUGAAUGAUAAGGAAAAUGAGCUUGAUUUUGAAAGGAAAAUAGAAAUCAACAAACUCGAGGUCCCCCCAUCUGAAUUUUCAUCCCCUCCGAAUGACUCAAGCUCUGAGAAAUUGGACCAUGUUUCAAUCCAGGUAAGGGAACCACCCACAUACGGUGCUCCUGAAUCUGAAAUUACAGGUUCAACCACUGUUCAUAAAGAUGAGAAGGAAGUCUCAGGCCCCAAAAUCGAGCUUGAAUUGGAUUAUUCCGAAGAGAAAAGAGAACUUCAAGAAUAUGAAUCUCCUGAAUCUGAAAGUAAAGCGCCAGCCAAUGUUGCUGACGAAGACAAAGAAGUUGAAGGUGCGAUAACUGAGAUCCCAAGUGCCAGUGUGCUUGAAGAAAAAGAAGUACCGGAGCCUGUUGAUCCAGAAAAUGUUAAGGAGACGGAUGCCCAAAACCACUUAAAGUCCGAGAUGGAAAUUAAAGAUGAUUUCGCCAUUGAAAACACAUCAGAACAGAUAGAGAAGGAAGGUGAUUCAGCUACAAGUUCCUCUGAUGCUGUAAGUACAGAUCAUUCAGUCAAAGAAGCAACGAUGGAACAACCUAGGUGUCUUAACAGCAAGGAAGUGAAUGAAAAGGUAAAGCCGAUAGGAACAACGGGAAAUUCCCCUGAUGCUGUUGAUCAGUCAUUAGAGGAUAAAGAAACACCCCAUAUCUCAAACCGAUUGCAGGCUGAUAAAAAAGAGGAGAUGGAUAAAGCUAAGGAGAAAGAUGGUGAUUUCGCGAACCCUGUAAACCAAGAAGAGCAGACAUCCCAAGAAGACUUGGAAGUUGUAAAAAAUGUGGACUUUGAGGACCCAAAAUCGGGAACCCAAGUUUCAAUACCUGAAACAGAGAGUGAUGAAUCAGCUCAAGCGCAGUAUCCAUCGCCAAACCAGAGAGAAAUUCCCACCAUUCAAAGGACUGAUUCAGGUAAGAUGAGAACUCCACUAAAGAGCUUCUUCGAUGGACAAACAUAUGUGGUACCUGAAUCAUCAAAGGAAGAGACUGCAACUGUGAAAGCUGUGGAUGAAGUUUGGAGUCCUCCAGCAAAGAUAAUCACAACAAAUACUCCCACAGGAAGAUACAAAUCAAAAUCCUGGUUCCUGUUUGGCAACUGCAUUUGUUGUGCAGCAGCAAUACACUGAAGAAGUAAUGUGAGAUUUGAAGAGGGAGUUCUUAUUUAUAAAUUAUGGUACUAAUGAUUUCUCAUGUGGUGAGACGAUUUGAUUUUUUUGGGAUUGUUUUUUCUUUUUCACUAUUCAUUAUUGUAAUUUGUAUUAUGUUUGAUACGUGAGGAAAUAAUAAGGAAACUCUAUGUGUGUUGUGAUUGGUU